AUGAAGCUGUUCGCUACCAUCACCGCGGCCUGCCUCGUCGCCACCGCCACGGCCCUGCCCGUCACUGCUGCUGCCGACGCCGACGCCGACGCCGGCCCUGCGCGCGCCUUCUGGGGCAUGCCCAUCGUCGACCACAGGCCCGUUCCCGACACGCGCCGCCGCGACGUCGCUCCUCGCGACCCGAAAAUGCACAUCAUCGAGAAGAUACCCGUCCCGGAGGAGCGCCGAGACGCCGAGGUGGAGCGCCGCGAUCGCCACCGACCCGUCGUGGACCACCGCCCGGUCGACCGCCGCGAGGAAGCGGCGGUGGAGGCUGAUUCGUCCGCCGACGCGGAGGCCCAUGAGUCUACGGAUAGCAACAUCGCAAAGGCCAUGUGGGGCAUGCCCAUCAUCGACCACACGCCCGUGCCGGGCACGCGUCGCAGCGCCGAGGGGGAGCGCAGCGGACGGGGGUUCCCGGUCGUGGACCACAGACCCGUCCCGGACGACAAAUAA